AUGGAAGUCAACAAGGAGGAAGCUCUGCGCUGUCUCCAGAUUUCGCAGCGUCACAGGAGCGCGUCCAACUGGCCCUCGGCGCUCAAGUUUGCCCUCAAGAGCGUCUCGCUCUACCCGACACCUGAGGGCAAGGCGAUGGUCGCGCUUAUCGAGCGCGAAAUGAGCAAUGCCGAGGCCAACGGGGCGUCGAGCAGCUCAGCCGCUGGGGCACCACCGACCCCUUCUUCCCGACCUAGUGCUGGUGUGAGCUCUUCGUCGGCUCGCGCUACGGGAGUCGAGGAGCACUUGACCUCUGCGCAUACCCGUCAUCCGAAGAAACAGGCCUCCACCGAGACCGGUUCGGACAGCGACAAGGGCAAGAAGCGCGAGUACACCGUGAAGCAGCUCGAGGUGGUGACGCGCAUCAAGCGGUGUCGCGAUCACCAGUACUAUGAGAUCCUUGCGGUCGAGCGCACAUGUUCCGAGGGAGAGGUCAAGAAGGCGUACAAGAAGCUGGCGCUGGCGUUGCAUCCGGACAAGAACGGCGCGCCGGGCGCUGACGAGGCGUUCAAGAUGGUGUCAAAGGCGUUCCAGGUGCUGUCGGACCAGAGCAUGCGUUCCGUCUACGACUCGAAUCCAACCGUGGAUCCGACCCAGCGCGGCGGUGGUGGUGGUGGCGGAGGAGGAGGCAUGAGCGGCAUGCGCGGGUUCGGCGGUGGAAUGCACCCCGGCUUCCAGGGUGGCUUCCAGGGUGAAAUGAGCCCAGACGACCUGUUCAACAUGUUCUUUGGCGGCGGCAUGAACAGUGGAUUUGGAGGCGGUGGGUUUGGAGGUGGUCCUCGAGUGUACACUUUCGGGGGACGUGGUGGCCAACAGUUCAACGCUCGGCGGCCGCGUGCAGCUGCCGGAGGCAUGGCGGCCGACGAGACAUCUUCUCCCUUCCUUGCUCUCCUCCCUGUCGCCCUGCUCCUCUUCUUUGUCCUCUUCUCCGUCCUUCCCGGCCUCUUCUCAGCCGACAUGGUUCCCGACCCGGAAUAUCGUUUCAAGCCGAGUACGCAAUUCGACGCGGCGCGCACAACCUGGCAGCGCAAUGUGCCCUACCAUGUCAACAGUGCCGAGUGGGAAAAGUCGAAUAUCUGGCAGAGCGUCCCAGAGAACCGCCGCGACCGGUUAGACGCCGCCAUGUUCUCGUCCAAGCUCCGCGGGUUUGAACGCGGCGUGGAGGAGACCCAUAUCCGCGCCCUCCAGAGCGAGUGUCACACUUUUAAUGUCAUCAAGCAACGCAAGAUUGCCGAGGAGACGGGGCUGUUUGGUUGGGGUGCCGACUAUGACAAGAUUCGCAAGCUCCGUGCUGAGAAGAGUCCGUCGUGUGAGAAGCUUCGGGGAUGGGGUGUCACACAGCAGGCAUUUUAG